AUUUCCCCUGAUAUCUGUCACGAUAUGCAAGGAGGCUCCGAUGUAUGUCCAGCAGUAACUGAAUAUCCCAACACUCCUAAGAAACUAGCAUAUUGCUAUAAUACCAGAAAUACUUCUAAGAACUGUGUCAAUAUCAAUAAUUUAUGGAACAGAGGAGAUGAAUUUUUUCGAGAGUGGUGGAUUCUCAAAAUUGUAAACUCUCCUAGUUGGACAGGGAACUCGGUGAUAGUUGUCACUCGGGAUGAAGCCAAUUAUAAUGAAGAAAUAAAUGUCUUUACUGAAGGAGGAACAGAUACAGCCUACAUUUAUUCCAGAAAUUUUUCUUUUGCUGAUUAUUCGUUCCUCAUUAUGAUGGCUAUUAUGGAGGGAAACCCGCUUGAAAGACUACCAACGAUUAACUUGGAGACAAGGCUUGUACAGCUGAAUACUCCAGUUGUCCUCGUUUUCGUAAACUUAUUCUGCUCAAGAAGCUGCCCAAGUCCUCCGCCUGUUGAAAAGCAUACGAAAAGUUUGAAUAUUAGCUGAGGAUUUGAUACUACCAGGAAUAUUCCACGAAUCAGAAGAAUGUGGGCAAAUCUUUCCAGAAGUUUAGGUUUGUAUUCAAAACAGACAAGGAGAAAGAACUCGACGAGAUCCUGUUAUCAUAAAUGAAGUUGAAACGCAUCUGUCGAGAAAGAACUUGCAAGGAAACAAGCAACAUCGAUCUAGUUUAGGGUUCUUGAAAAUAUCAGGCAAGAAUCCGAUGCUGUGCCAAUAAGUAGUAAGCCAAUCCCUUAGAUAAUACGGAUAAGUAUUGACAUAUUUGUCGACCCCAAGGCCGUCCUUCAACUUUUAUACCACUCUAGAAUGACCUCUGGGUUGUGACACGAUGUAAGGUUUAUGUUGUCAAGAGUACCAGCUUUGUUAAUUCUAAAGAUUCUCUUCUUGUGGAGAUGUCUGACUCAAGAUCUGAAGCACGAAUUAGAGCCUUUCGAAGUAUAUGACAAUUCUAACUACUCUAAUCUCACUAUUCAAAUAUAUUUUAAGACAUGAGUAGGAUAAAAAAGAACUAAAAUGGAGAAUAGGACCAUAUGUGACAGUGAUAGUAAACAAUAAGUAAGACAGACAUAAACGAAAUGUCUCCUGG